AUGGAUGAUUUGUGGUCUAAAUUAUUUGAAGAUAGCUAUGCAAAUGGUGAAGGUUGUGUUGCACCCACUAUGGAUCCUCAAUUAGUGCAACCUGUUGAUAUUGAGGAAGAAAAUAUAGAAAGUGAAGAAGAGAAUAGGACUACGCAAGGAUUUGAAGAUUUGUUAUAUUCUCAGGAUAACCAACAUUCUUCCCAAUUGCAUGAUUUGGAGGUAGAUGAGUCUUCAUUUUGGAAUAAUUUCAUGAGUGAGGUGAACCAUUGUGUUGGUAACCAGGAUGUUAGUGGUACUCAAGUACCUAGACAAUCUCAAAGUAAUAAUGUUAAAAAAUGUGCAAAAACUCAGAAUAUUGGUCUUAAACCCACUCAAAUGACGCGUAAGAGGAGACAAUCGGGAGGAGCAGCUCAACUUUCUAGUCAAUUGAAUAGUUUGAUUUCAAAUUCAAACCGGGCAUUAGACGUUUUAAUAGGGGAUAGUACUGUGAAUACUCAAAGCACUACAACUGUUAGUCUUACUGCAGCAAUAAGUGUUAUUAACCGCAUGGUUACUGAUGGUAUUAUGGAAAAAGGUGGAGAUUUGUGGUGUUUUUCUCUUAGCUUUCUUAAAGAUGAUUUGAAUAGGGAAAUUUUUUCCAAUAUUGAUGAUGACUUCUCUAGAAAAGCUUGGUUGAAGUAUAUGCAUGAUACAAGCAAAGGACAGGAAUGGAUGAGAGAAGUCUUGAAUGGACAUCCUAUUCGAUGUGUAAAUACAUUUAGAAUGGACUCCGCUUUGUUUAAGCAAUUAUGUGAAGACUUAUAUUCAAAAUAUGGAUUACGAUCUACUAGGAAUAUGUCAAUUGUGGAGAAAGUUGGUAUAUUUAUAUACACACUUGCUAUGGGUGCUUCAAAUAGAGAUGUUGGAGAGCGAUUUCAACGUUCCGGUGAAACAAUAAGUAGAGCAUUUCAUGAAGUUUUGGAAGCAAUUAGUGGUAGGAGUAGGGGAUAUCAAGGGCUUGCACGUGAUAUCAUAACACCAAAUGAUCCUACAUUUCAAGCUAUACCGUCUUACAUUACUAAUGAUGCACGAUACAUGCCAUAUUUCAAGGAUUGCAUUGGAUGUAUUGAUGGUACUCAUAUAGCAGCAUGCAUUCUUGAGGCUGAUCAAUUGCGAUAUAGAGGGAGAAAAGGAAUUCCUACUUUCAAUGUCAUGGCAGUGUGUGACUUUGAUAUGUGUUUCACUUUUAUAUCUGUUGGAUGGGAAGGAUCCGCACAUGAUACACGUGUAUUUGUUCAUGCAAUUAGUACACCAUCAAUGAACUUUCCCAAGCCGCCACAAGGAAGAUAUUAUUUGGUAGAUAAAGGAUAUCCAGAUAAACAAGGAUAUUUGGUACCGUAUCCAAGAAUAAGGUAUCAUCAAUCUCAAUUUGAACAAGAGCCGCCAACUAAUGCUCAAGAAGCAUUCAAUCGUGCACAUUCUUCUCUUCGAAGUUGUAUUGAGAGGUCGUUUGGAGUAUUGAAGAAGAGAUGGAAGAUACUUGCUAAAAUGCCACAGUUUAGUGUGGAGACCCAAAUUGAUGUUAUUAUGGCCACAUUUGCCUUACAUAAUUAUAUUCGGAAGAAUUCACAAGAUGACAUGAUGUUUAAUGUGCUUGAGCAGCAUCCAGAUUACAUACCGCCCGAUGAACUUCAAGAUUCAAGUAGUAAUACCUCCACCAACGAAAGUUUAAGUCAGACCUCUACUGAGAUGAAGGAGAUUCGCAACAAUCCCAUUUUUUUAGAACGAGUUGAAGGUAUAGGCACUAUUAGGGCAGAAGAAGCACUCAAUUGGGGUUUAUCCGGACCAAUGCUACGAGCUUCGGGAAUCGAAUGGGAUCUUCGUAAAAUCGAUCAGUAUGAGUGUUACGACGAAUUUGCUUGGGAGGUUCAAUGGCAAAAAGAGGGGGAUUCUUUAGCUCGUUAUUUAGUAAGAAUCGGCGAAAUGGAAGAAUCCAUAAAAAUGAUUCAACAGGCCCGGGAAGGAAUUCCGGGGGGGCCUUAUGAGAAUUUAGAAAUCCGACGUUUUGAUAGAAUUGUGUACUUCGUUGCUGCAAUUUUGAAUUUUUAG